AUGGUUAGAGAAUUAAGAUCAAAAUAUGUUGUUGGAUUUACUAUUCAUGCCGGGAAGGGGUUUAUUACUCCUAACCAAGCUCCAAUAAACCCACUGGUUGUAGUUAGGUGUUGUGGAAGAGAAUACAGGACUAAAAUUAAGUAUAACAAGUUAAUUGCAACUCAAUGGGAUGAAUCUCAUUCAUGGAAUGAUAUAUUCUUAACUGAUUCGGAAUGGGAUAUGUCAUUUAUUACUUUUGAGGUACAAUCCGCUAAUUCAUUUUGGAAAAACGAUAUUAUUGGUCAAUGCUCAAUACAAUUAAAAACACUUAAGCAGAGAAAAAACCACUUUUUAAAAAGGCACUUCAAUAUUACUGAGAUUAAUGACACUUUUCCAAAAGGCCUACUAUAUUUAACUGUUUAUGCAUGUGGUCCAAAUGAUACCCCUCCGACAAGUGAUGUAUUAGAAUUAAUGAAUGCGGAAGAAGAUAAUUUUCAGACUAAUCAAGUUGAUUUCUUAAAUCAAAUUGUAGGAAGUCACGAUAUGAGCAAAGAAUUUUCAACUUUAGAAAGAGAAAAACAAAUGUAUAAUUUGUACGUAACAAUUUACAGAGUUGAGGAUUUAUUAUUCAAAAAAGGGCUAAGGGACCCUUUUGUAACAAUAGAAUUUAGUGGUUGUAGUAUGCAAUCAACUAUUGCCCGUGGUGUACUAGACCAUAAUUUUAAUGAGUGUUUUAGGUUUCCUGUUGUUGUACCGAUUGUCGAAGACAUUAUCAUAUUAAAGUUAUGGGAUGACUCAACAAAACCACCAACUGUGAUCACUCAAGGCAAGUUUUCAUUUGCAAGAGUUAGAUCUACAACCAUCCCUGUAAGAUGGUAUAACUUUUAUGGAAGCUCUGCGUUUAACAUAGAACUUGGAACUAGAUAUUCGAAUAACGAUAUUUUCUUUACUGAAAAUGUUUCUUCUCAAAGUGAUAUUUAUUUAGGAAGGAUAUUAAUUUCCUUGAAAACUGAGCUAUUAAGAAGUAAAGAUCAAUUAAUGCCAGCUCAAGUGAUGGCCGCUCAACCACUUGAUGAGCUGUUUACUCAGCCAUGUAAUAUAAUUGCAGAUGUAUAUUCAAUCAAGGGGAUUUUUGGAAAGAAUGCAUGCGUAGAAGUGUCAGUUGGCCCAAAUAAACAAAGAACUGAAUUUGUCCCCCGUGAAAUCCAAGACCCAAAUCCAGAUCAUUGUAAAAAUAGCAUAUUAAAUAAAUCAAAAAGACAAAAAAGUAUGGACAAUUUUGUUUAUGGGUCAACUCAAGGUAGAGUUCCAAAUAUUGAAAUUGAAUCCCAAUCAAAAGAAGAACAUACUUGGGACAUAAUCAUAUCAGUGUAUACUCAUACUAAUUCAAAUAUUAAUAAGGUAGAUGCUCAAGGGAUAUUAAGUAGUAGUGAGAUAGCUCAUGGCUCUAAAAGAGUUGCAUAUUGCAAGUUAAAAAUAACUGAUAUACCACAUUAUAUUGAAAAUAAGCCAUUGCCACCUAUUUGGGUUCCAUUAAAACAAACAAGAGAGGGGUGGAUAGAUAUGAUUGAAAACAAAGAAAGGGCUUAUAACAAUCGAUUUCAACCUUUAUCAGAGGCUGAAAACGAAAAAAAUUUCGAAAUAAAUAAUAUUCAAGAAAUUGACUUGUAUAGUAUUAGUUCAAGUGCUGUCUUGAUUUCUAUCUCCAAACAAUUUGUUUCGUCAGUAAAACGUACAAAAAGGCACACAAUAAAGUCUAUAGAUUAUGAGCUGAGAUGUUAUCUCUAUGCUUGUAGAAAUCUUUAUGAAACAGGAAGAGAAGACAGAACAAACCCUUAUAUAGUAGUUUCAUGCAAUGGAGUCUAUACAACUUCUUCAGUUAAAGUUAAUAGCAAUAACCCAACAUAUUUGGAAUGUUUAUCUUUAAGAGCGAAAGUAGAAUCUGACCCCAUUACAUCUCUUCCAACUGUUGCACCUAUCACAGUAAGUGUAUUUUCAAGACAUAGUUGGGGGAAAAGAUUUAUUGGAUUAUGUACUUGCAUUUAUGACCGUAUAAAUGGAAGGAAUAAAAGCAACGAACCCAUCAGUACUUUAGAACCAUGUUGGAUUAAACUAAAAGGUGGUGGAAGGCUAAAGAGUCAUGUUGGUGAUAUCUUACUAUGUAUAGAUAUUAUUAAGCUUUGUGAUUCAAAAAUGGUGCCACCACAACCUCUAUUUCCGGAAUUAAAAAGAGUACAGAUGAUUAUAACUACUACUCUUCUUCAAGAUUUAUUUAUGAUGACUGAAGAAGAUAUGAAAUAUAACAUCAAGUCGAAACUUUCUCAAAAUGAAGAUUUGUCAUUCCUAAACAGAGGAAUAAUUGGCUCAAAGAUUGAAAAGUACAGAAUUUUAAAGGAAAUGAGUGGUGAUUUUUUUCUUGAAAAUCAUGAAAGAGGUAAUGCAUAUUCAACUGAAAUAAAAAGUCCAAUUAUUGAGUUCAUUGUAAGUGCUUUUGGAAGAGUUGAUGCUGCUACAGAUAACUCAGAAAACGUCGACAAGUUAAUGAAAAAUUCAGAAAGUGGAACAAAGACAUCCAACAGUAUUCCAACAUACAGAGAAAUUGUUCAGUGGAAGUCUAUAACAUCUGUUGGAACAAAAGAAUUUUUUAAUAAAUCUUGGAAAACCCUAAGAGGCUAUAAUUUCGAAUUCUUCAAGACAAUCUCACUUGAUAUUUUUCUGCCUUUAUCGCCUUUAUUUGAUCCAAGACUAACAAUUCGGAUAUUUGAAGGCCUAGUAGAUGAUUCUAAACUAGUUGGUGAGUUUGUUAUUUCUUUAGUAUCAUUUCUACCAUGGAUACCUGAUGUUGAUUCUGCUCAUGAUUGGAUAUCUUCAAAGCAUGAUUUUUCUAACAAUAUUGAUGUUGCAAAAAUAACUAGUGUAUUGUCAAGAGUAUCUAAAAAAAAAAAUUUAAUUAAACAUUCUGGGUUGGCGAGUAUUGCACUUGCUGACAUAGAAGAAGACAAAGAAAAAAAAACAAAUUCAAAAGCUCACCCUUUCCCUACAGUAACACAACAAGAAGAAAUGGAAGAAUUAAAAAAAAAAAGUUUGAUGAGCCAAGGAUUAAAUCAAGCAGGAGUACCAAUUACUCUGAUAAAGUCAUAUACUGUCUCUAAUGUAUAUUAUCCUAGGAUAUCACAGAAUAUGUUCACGAUGAAUUUGCACAUCCCAUUCCACUUCAUUAUUGUUGCUGAGGGAGAAACUACUGAUAAAAGAAAUAACCUGAAAAUCAUGACAUCGAACUCUGGGAUGGAUACAGGAGGAGUAAUAACAACAAGUACGUCUGGUAAGACCGUUUCAUUACGCCCAUCAAUUGAUUCAACAAUGGAAGAAUUUCUUUCAGAUAUUUUUGUUCCCAUAAUUCCAAUGAGAAAAAAAGGAUUCGAAGGGAAGAUGAAGACAUUUGGGUACUUAAGAGGUUUUGUUCUUUUGGCGUUGCCUGGAGUAAUAGAAGAAAUUAAUUCAAGGAAGAACAAUGAGAAUUAUCCUGCUAAUAGCAAUUUAGAGAAUGAUGAUAUCACAUCCCAAGAGAUACUACAAGCAAUUGAGAAUAAUAAAAUUUCUAGAUGUUAUAGUCACGAAAUGGUCAGAUAUAUCAUAAACAUAAAUAGUUUAUAUAAGAGGAUCAAAGGUGAGAAUGUAUACCCCAAUCCUGUAAGAGUUCGUCUAUAUAUAUUGUCUGCAUUGGCCCUAGUGGCACCAAUUAACAAUAAUACUUUCUAUGAACAAUCACUUGAAAAAAAAACAUUGUUUGAAAAACUUAAAGAUAAAUUAUCAAUAUUAAAUAUGUUUGAACAAAAUGUAAGAAUAAAAUCAUUUUAUAUUUCAAUAGUUUAUGGCUCUAAGGAAGAAAAUUUUAGAUCAUCGGCCAAGGGAACAUUCAACCCUCUAUUUUAUGUAUGCCAGGAAUAUAACGUCAACUUUCCGGUUGAAUCUAGAUUUGAAAUUAGGGUUUGGGCAAUACAAGAAAGAGUUUAUCCUUAUUUAGCAUGCAAAAUAUUUGGGUUAUUAAAUCAAGAAAAGAAUGAGUCUGGUGAAAACACCGAUGCUAACGGAGCCUCAAACAGUGAAUUAGUUGUAAACGAAAUAAAUAAUGAAGUUUGUCAGGAGUUGGGCCCAGAAUAUGAUUUAUUUAUCGGAAGUACUGCUAUGGACUUAAAUGAUAGAUGGCAUAGUAAAGAAUGGCGUCAGAUGAUGAGAGAAGAUCAUAUUCCCAUAGAAUAUCGGCCACUUUAUAGGGAUUGCACAAGUAAUGCAAACUAUGGUAUGUUACAAAUGUGGGUUGAAAUUAUGAGUUCAAAUAAAGCAGCAGUUACAAAAAGGUACGAACUUUCCGAACCAAUACCAACAGAAGUAGAAGUUAGAGUCAUUAUUUGGGCAGGAAGAGAUAUAAAAACUGCAAGUAAUUUAGAAUAUGGUGAUUAUUUGUUUAAAUCGACCUUGGAUUGUAAACAGUACCCUGAAUAUAGAUCUGAAUUUGGGAAAAAUAACCCAAGGGUACAACAGACUGAUGUUCAUUAUAAUUGCAGAACUGGGGAGCCAGUGUUUAAUUGGAGGUUUGUUUAUCCACAUCUUGUAACACCAAUUAGUGGUUGUUUACUUCAAAUUUCAAUUUACCAUUAUAGUUCAUUCGGAAACCACGAAUUUAUUGGCGAGGUGAAUUUGGAUUUAAGAAAAUAUAUUAUGAAUGUUGCAAAUUCAUUGGAAGCUAUCGAUGAAGAUGUAGAGUUGCCGCUUGUGAACUCUCAAAGUGUAGAUUCAUCAUUUGAUGCUGGCUUUGUACAGCUAACAAUACAAAUAAUUCCUCAGUCAGAAGCAAAUAGUAAAAAAGUCGGUAUGGGAAGAGAUAUGCCAAAUAGGUUUCCUAAGCUGGUUACUCCCUCAGUUGGAAGGAAUUGGGAAGACUUCUUACAACUAAAAGAAAGGCAAGAUGCGUUUAGACCAAUUUGGAUGAAAAUAAGAAUCAUUUACGUAAUUUUUGCAAUAAUAUUGUUUUUUAUAAUAGGAGCAGUGUAUCCUGCAUUGUUUUACCAGUCAAUUAAUUCUUGA